GCGCAAGUCCAAGAAGGAAAUGGUGAGUUGCACACCUUCACUUAACCCCUGUUGUCCCUUGCGGCUAUCGUCGCGCACCUACGACAUUCUUUCAUGAUGAAAGUAAUAUCCCAAUUUUAUUGAAGUAGCAGCGGAUCCCGUCAUGGGUGAUGUUGCUACGCCAUAAUGAUAGAUCAAUAUCAUAGUUACUCUGACUGUCAUACCAACCCACCGCUUCUCAAAACUACAAUGGGUUUCUCAGAGCUGUUCUUGCUGACAGGAGACUCCCCACAGGCCGAAUCUACCAAGGCCGACGCUGGCGCCAAAUGGUUCAACAUGCCCAAGACGAACCUCACACCCGAGCUCAAACGCGAGUUGCAGCUCAUCAAGAUGCGUGACACGUUGGACUCGAAACGGUUCUACAAGAAGGAUAGCGCCAGAUCAGCCGUCCCCGAGUACAGCCAGGUCGGCACAAUGAUCGAGGGUCCUACCGAGUACUUCAGCGCGAGAAUGACCAAGAAGGAGCGCAAGCGCACCUUGGUGGACGAGGUCCUCGACCAGGAGAGGGCGACCAAGAAGCUCAAGGCCAAGUACAACGAGAUCCAAACUGCCAAGAUGAGCGGCAAGAAGGGUCACUACAAGAAGAUGAUGCAGAAGAGGUACGGGAACAAGGCCUGAGCUAGGUCCCGAAAAAGACGACGUCGGGGGAGAUGGGCGCGAAAAUCUUCCCUGAGUAAGAGCGUGGACAUGAUUCUCAACCUUUAGUACAGACCUUUUUUUCUCAAGAUACCCCCGAUGAUGCUUGCAUCACACUUCGCUUCAAUUCAAGAACCUUUCCACCAUUUUGCCCCCCCCCCCCC